AUGACAGAAAGCAAUUUAGCAAUCAAAUAUGAUAACUAUGUUCCGCUACACUUCGUAACUGGAAUCACUAUGCUCCUCUCAAAUGCAAAACGCACGUUACCUGAUGAGCAGACUAUAACUAUCCCAAAGUAUAAGGCCUAA